CAAAACAAGAGAGCAGAGAGAGAGAAAACAAAGAUGUUGCUGCAGAAAGAGAAGUUGCUUUGUGUCAUUGCUGCUGCCAUUUUCCUAAUGGCUUCGCUUUUAUCUGCAGAGGCUCAACAAGUUGAGGUGAUGAACUCAAGCAGUGCUGCACCCACUCUCGAACUUAACGUUCACCGGGCUGAUUUUCCGGUUGAUUUUUUCUUUGGAGUUGGCACUUCAGCUGCACAGACGGAAGGGGCAGCCGAAGAAGAAGGGCGAUCCCCGAGUGUCUGGGAUCAUCGUGCCAAAAUACUCCCAGGUGCGAUUCGACAGAGUGACAAAUUCCCUAAGGCAAUUGAUGGAUACAGACGAUUCAUGGAGGACAUUCAGCUUAUCAAGGAGCUUGGAGUGAACUCCUAUAGAUUCUCCGUUUCCUGGACAAGAAUUCUACCACAGGGAACCAUAAGUGGUGGAGUUAACCAACUUGGUGUAGAUCAUUACAAUCGUCUGAUCAAUGAAUUAAUAAGAAAUGGCAUCGAGCCUUUUGUCACGAUCUAUCACUUUGACUUACCCCAAGUUCUGCAAGAGAAGUAUGGAGGCUUGACGCAUCAAAUGUUUCUGAAAGACUUCAGCGAUUAUGCUGAGCUCUGUUUCAAAUUAUUUGGAGAUAGAGUUAGGCAUUGGUUCACCAUUAAUGAGCCAAAUGUUCUUGCACAAUAUGGCUACGAGCUUGGGAUUGCCCCACCAGGAAGGUGCUCACUUCCACAACGACGUUGUGGUUUGGGAUCCCCACCUCGAUGUAUGGUGCCUGUCGGUCCCUGUAACUUUGGUGGUAACUCGUCCACGGAGCCUUACAUUGCUGCCCACCACAUCAUCCUUGCUCACGCCACUGCUGUGAAGCUAUAUAGAGAGAGAUACCAGGUAGAGCAAAAUGGAGAGAUCGGAAUCGUCCUUGCUACAAAGUAUUUUAAGCCCUAUUCUAAUUCACAGGAAGAUCGAGCUGCAGCAGAGAGACUGUUUGAUUUCUAUCUAGGAUGGUUUAUGGGACCGUUGGUACUUGGAAAAUACCCACAAAGCAUGAGAGAGCUGGUGAAGGAAAGGCUGCCCACAUUUUCCGCCGACGAGAUAUCUCUUGUCAAGGGGAAUUUAGGCUUUGUUGGGAUAAACUAUUAUGAAUCAGUUCAAGCGAAAUAUAGGCCUCCUCCUCCUACAGAGAAUCUGAGCUAUUCCUUCGAUUCAUGGGCGGAAGAAAAAGGUUAUAACCUUUUAUGUUUCUUGAUUUGUUUGGUUAUUGCAGUUAUCAAAGAUGUUCCUGGUGUGUCCGAGAACCAUUGGCCACAAGGGCUGCAGAAGCUGAUGAACUAUGUGAAGAAUAAAUAUAGUAGCCCACAAAUCUACAUUUCUGAAAAUGGAUAUGGUAAUCCAAAGAAUGACAGACUUCCGCUUGAUGAACAACUAAAAGACCCAAAUCGAAUCUCCUAUAUUGCUCGGCAUUUGUAUUGGCUCAAUAAGGCAAUGAAGAACGGAGCAAAUGUCAAAGGAUACUUUUGCUGGGCUCUGUUCGAUGACUUUGAAUGGGGUAUAGGGUUGUCUCAGCAAGUUGGACUCUACUACAUUGAUUUCGAUGACAACUACAAGCGCUACCCCAAGCAAUCUGCUAAGUGGUUCCGUGAUUUCAACCACAACAGUGCUUCAAUUAGUAGAUCGACUUAGUUACAUAAUCUCUCAUUCUGGUUUUAUGCAGUAC